AUGGGCACCCGGCAGACCAAGGGCAGCCUGGCGGAGAAAGCCAGCCCCGGUGCGGCGCCCGGUCCCCGCCGCGAACGGCCCGACUUCUGGGCGUCGCUGCUGCUGCGCGCCGGGGACAAGGCGGGGCGCGCGGGCGCCGGCGCGGGGCUUCCCCCCUACCACCGGCGCGUUAGCAUGGUCCAGGAGCUGCUGCGGAUGGUGCGCCAGGGCCGGCAGGAGGAGGCAGGGACGCUGCUGCAGCACCUGCGCCAGGACCUUGGCAUGGAGUCGACCUCGCUGGAUGACGUUCUGUACCGCUAUGCCAGCUUCCGGAACCUGGUGGACCCCAUCACACAUGACCUCAUCAUCAGCCUGGCUCGCUACAUCCACUGCCCCAAGCCGGAAGGCGACGCACUGGGUGCCAUGGAGAAGCUGUGCCGGCAACUGACAUACCAUCUCAGCCCCCACUCCCAGUGGAGGCGGCACAGGGGGCUGGUGAAGAGGAAGCCGCAGGCCUGCCUCAAGGCUGUCCUGGCUGGAAGCCCUCUGGACAACACAGUAGACCUGUCGGGCAUCCCGCUGACCUCCCGUGACCUGGAGAGGGUGAGCAGCUAUCUGCAGCGCUGUGGGGAGCAGGUGGACAGUGUGGAGCUGGGCUUCACAGGUCUCACAGAUGACAUGGUCCUGCAGCUGCUGCCAGCACUCAGCACCCUGCCCCGGCUCACCACACUGGCCCUCAAUGGCAACCGGCUGACCCGAGCCCUACUGCGUGACCUCACGGACACCCUUAAGGACCCCAGCAAGUUCCCCAGUGUCACGUGGAUUGACCUUGGCAACAAUGUGGACAUCUUCUCUUUGCCCCAGCCCUUCCUGCUCAGCCUGCGUAAACGCUCCCCAAAGCAGGGCCACCUACCCACUAUUUUGGAGCUGGGCGAGGGCCCAGGCUAUGGAGAGGAAUUCCGGGAUGGAAUAGUGGGCCAGGAGGACCCUGGAGGGGACCUUCUGGACCCUGUCAAAGACCACGAGGGCAGGGAGACUGCAGGUCCAGCUCAGACGUGA